AUGUUCAUCUCUAUCGCCGCAUUCAUCACGGCAUUCGCUGCAUCCCACGUCUCGGCCCAGGUCAGUGCGCAUUCCGUGUGCUUCUCUGUUCGCUGUCCUUGAAAGUGAAAAGUGAUUAGGGUCGACUUCGUUGGCUGACCGACGGUCCUCUUGUCACGCGUCGCUCCCAUUGGCUUUCCCUCGCGCAACCUCGAACCUGGCCAACCUUUGACAGGCUUCUGCCACGGCUCUAGACCUCGUCGACCAGGGCUGGGACAAUUCGGGUUUUGGCUUGGACACGUGAGUGACUUUCUCUGCUUGGGGAUCGGGUCGUCCAACUCUCUUUGGGCUUUGGGACGAGACGACAGGCACGCGCGAACCCAGCUUUGCGGGCGCUCCAACGCGCUCGGACCCCGAACUGACGCGCUCGCGUCUAUGGACUUCUUCCCGCAGUCUCGCCGGCUUCGGGCUUGAGCUCAACGCCACGGCCCUCUUGACGGUCAACUACGCCGGUGGUGCGGGCGUGAUCGAGAACGGCAAAGACUAUACCGCCGCUCAGGUCUCCAAGCUUCCGACCAUCAACUUUGAGCCGGCGGCUUCGGCCACCACGCUCGGCGCCGAAAGGGCCUAUACACUCAUCCUCGCCGAUGCCUCGAGUCUCGGUGAUCCCGACAAGCAAGGCAACUACCGCCACUAUCUCAGCAACGGUGCCACCGCCGCUGCGAACGGCACCGACCAGUUUGCCGUCUCAGGCGGCACCGUCAUCACCUCCUACGCUGGCCCGGGACCUCUGACCGGUUCGGGAACGCACCGAUAUGCUUGGAUGCUCUUGGUGCAAGGUGUAAGUCUUCUUUCCAUUAUUUAGUCGCGUUUGUCUUGCCAAAAUGAGGACUGAACACCCCAUUCCCAAAUUGCUUAACCGCCGUUCGCAGUCUGGCUUCAAGGCUCCCGCUAACCUUUCGACUGCGGGCACUUCUCCGGGUCACUGGAACGUCUCGUCCUAUGUUUCCGAAGCCGGUGGACUGCAGCUCGUCGCCGCGUCCUUUUUCACCGUUACUGCGUCCGGUAACCCCACUGGAUCUGUCGUGACGACGGCCCCGGCAGUGAGUAACCCCCUGUGUUUUAAUGUGUGCGCGCGCGAAGCGGCGCAAGACCGGCAGCAGUCGCGCUGAUAUCGCGCUUAUUAUUUUCUCCCUGGCCUCGCCUGUCCUCCCUCAUAGACCACGCCUGCUUCCACUCGCACGGGAUCAUCAAGCCCGACUUCGACUGGUUCCGGUGGCUCGACCACCUCGGCUCCUGCCAGCGCAACAACCACCUCGGCCCGCUCGGGCUCCAACCAACUGACGGCGACUUGGGUCUUUGGCGCCGUCUCGGGUCUGUCGGCGAUGUUCACCCUUCUUUGA